AUGGAGUACAACUUAGUGUUAUUAUACACAAGUUUAGCAAUAGGAAUUUUAACCCUAAUUUGUGUUCUAAAGAGGGCAAAUGGAUGGUUUUUUACAUUUUUUACAAAAAAAUGUAACUUGCCUCCUGGUGACAUGGGUUGGCCAUUAGUAGGGAACAUGAUUUUUUUCUUACUAAGUUUCAAAGAUAAUAAUCUUAGCUCAUUUUUUACCUACUUUGUUACUAGGUUUGGGGAGGGUGGAAUGUACAAGGCGUUCCUGUUUGGAAAACCGAGUAUUAUCAUGACAAAAGUUGAAAUAAGUAGGAAAAUAUUUAUGGAUGAUGAAAAUUAUGAUAGAGGUAUGCCAAACUAUAUAUUAAAAUUAUUAGGACAAGCUCAAGUUGGUGGAUUUACAAGAGAAGAAAGCAAGAUUCUACAUAGAAUCACAACAUUGAUAAAAAGUGACAUAUCAUUAUUAUCAAAUUACUUUGAUUUUGCAAAUGAAAUUGUGAAAAAAUCAUUUGUGAAAUUGGUUGAAAUGGAAGAACCAAUUGAUGUAAUUUUAGCAAUUAAAAGGCCAGCAUUUGAAGUGUUAAUGAGAAUUCUUAUAGGUGAUGGAGUUGAUAAUGAUAUGGUUGAUAUUCUAUUUGAAGAGACUAUUUAUCUUAUUCGUGGUUGUCAUGGUUUGCCAUUUAAUAUACCAGGAUCAGCUUACAAUAGGGGAUUAAAGGCUAGAAAAGCAAUGUCUAAGAUAUAUAAAUAUAUUUUAGAUGAAAGAAAAGUGAUGAUUGGGAAAAACAAAACAAGAGAAAAGUCCAAUAUUUUACUAGAUAUGAUGUUAAACACUCAAGAUGAUGAUAAUGAAGGAUUCAAUGAUGAGAAGAUCAUUGCAAUGCUUGUUUCUUAUACAUUUGCUGGUUUUGAAUCUGUUGCUUUGGUAGCAUCAACUGCAAUUAUGUAUUUGGAAAAACAUCCUCACUUCUUGGACAAAGCUAAAGAGGAACAAGAGGAUAUUGUAAAGAGAAGAUCAUCACCAAAUGAAGGCCUUAAUUUCCAUGAAAUUAAAGAGAUGAAGUAUCUUAGUAAUGUGAUUAAUGAAUCAUUGCGUAUUGCUACUGCUAAAACAAUAUUCUUUAGAGAGGCAAGAACUACUAUUAACAUAAAUGGGUAUACCAUACCUAAGGGGUGGAAGUUUUUGUCAUUUUCAUGGAAUUAUCAUUUGGACCCUAAUACUUAUGUGAGACCUAAGGAAUUUAAUCCUUCAAGAUGGGAUGAUCUUAAAAUCAAGCCAGCCUCUUUUCUUCCCUUUGGAGUUGGCCCUAAAAUGUGUCCAGGAGCCAAUUUGGCUAGGCUUGAGGUUUCUGUAAUUCUUCAUUACUUUCUUCUUAACUACAGGGUGGAGCGAGUUAAUUCAGAGAGCAAAAUCGAACCUCCGAGAAGUUGUCUUGUGAAAUUCAAGAAGAUCUAAGCAUCAUCAUAUAUCAUAUCAUAUAUCAUAUGAAUAUGAAUGACAAUUUCAUUGUUUUUCAGUAUUUACUAUUUUCAUUGCUAAUUUAUCAUUUGGAUUUUAUGUGUGUGACUCUUUUUAUGUAA